AUGUCUUCUUCUUCGCCUUCUUCCUCUUCUUCUACGCUGAGUGACUCUGGCUUUGAAGACGAGCUGCUCUGUUCUCCAGUCAGGUGUGGUGGACACAGGUGUGCCUCAUACGGGCAGGUGUGUGAUUAUGAAGACUCUGAGACCUUUAUCAUCCAAAGACUCAAUCAACAGCAGUUUCUGGCGCUCAACUGCCUCUCAAGACAACCGCAGAUCACGGCAGAGGCUCGGAGUAAGCUGGUCAGCUGGCUCAUCGCUGUGCGAAGACAGCUCAGUCUGUCGUUUGAGUCUUGCUGUCUGGCUGUGAACAUCAUGGACCGCUUCUUGAUCACCACAUCAGUAGCCGCAGACUGUUUCCAGUUACUGGGAGUGACGUCUUUACUCAUCGCCACUAAACAGGUUGAAGUGUAUUCUCCACGCAUCACCCAGCUUCUGUCGCUCUGCUGCAAUUCGUUUUCAAGAGAACAGCUCUGUAACCUCGAAUGCCUGAUUCUUCUCAGACUCAAUUUCAGACUGGCUGCACCCACGCUUGCUUUCUUCCUGGACUAUUUCACCAGUCACUUUGCUGGACACCAGACUGGCGAAUUCAUCAGCGCACAGAACGCACAUCCACAUAAAGAGCCCAGUUCUGCUGAGAACAAGUGGAGAUGGUUGGCCUGCAAAGUCUGUGAACUGAGUCUGGCCGACUACACGUUCAACAAAUACGCGCCUUCGGUGAUCGCGCAGUGUGCGUUAAUACUGGCCAAAGACCUGCUGAAGACACAAUCAGUGCAAAACACAGAGAACAACACCGGAGCAAGCAAGAUGAUAUGUUUUGAAGAAGAUGCACCGCAUACCUGUGAAAAUCCGCUUUUAUUUCAGCAGUGCAUGGAGGAUCUGAAACUGUUGCUUUCUCUUAAUCAAGAAGCAGUCCAGGAUGUCCCAUAA